AUGGAUAAGGAUGUUGAUGCGUGUAUGGAGAAAUUGAACAAAAUGGAAUGGGGAGAAGAAGAUGAAAGACACAAGACCGCUCUUUUGCUAUUUGGUGAAAGUGCUGAUGUUCGAAAAGUUUGGUUACGACUUUCGCAUAGUAGUUGUGAGUCGUGGGUGAUGGGUGCGGGUAGGAAAUCAAGUAUGGUUUCUGAUGGUGAAGUUGUAGCUUUUCUUUUACUUGUGUUUUAUUGGUUGAGGUCAAACCGGCGCAAACUAAUCAGAAUUCAUAGAAUUAGAGAUAACGAUUCAAGCGGGUAUGCAUAUACACAAGAUUUGAUGUAUGGAGACCCUACACAAUGUUUCGAUAUGAUGCGUCUUACACAAGAGGCAUUUGCAUUAUUAUGCAACCAUUUUACCCAAAAAAAUUGGUUGCAAUCUAGUAGGACAAUAAGCAUUGAAGAGAAGAUGGCUAUCUUCUUACAUGUUAUAGGACAUAAUGAACGCUUCCGCGCAGUUAAGGGAAGAUUUCAUCACUCCACACAAACGAUUCAUCAAUGUUUUCACGAGGUCCUAACAGCAAUGAUGUGUUUUGCAAAAGAAAUUAUAGUACCAACAACUCCUAACCCAACAAGACAUAACUCAGAACGACAUAGACGGUUAAAAAAUAUUUUUUCCGGAGCAAUUGGUGCAUUAGAUGGAACUCUUGUACGUGCGGUUGUACCUGUUGAUCAACAAACUCGUUAUUGA